UAAAUUGUCAUUUUAUCAAAAUCGUAGUUGGCGUGUGGGAAGCACGGCACUUCCCUUCUUCUUCCUACUUUCUCUCUCCUCAAUUUCUUCAUUCCUACCUAACCCAGAAUUCAUACUUACUCCUCUUAUCUUCCCAAUCCCACCCAUUGAUUCUUCUCCUUUAUUCUUAUUCUUUUUUCUUCCUUAAUUUCAUUAAUCCUACAAGGAAUUUUAAUUUUCAUUCCCAUUGAUUCGAUUUCAGCUGAAUUAUUGCGUUGGAGAUAUGGACUUUUGCUUCAAAGAAUUAGCUGGGGAGUCACUUCCUUCAGACCAGGAUAUCCUUCGAUGCCCAUUUUUGAGGAAUAUUGAUGCACCAACGCAUUUUUCUUUUUCAUCUUCUCUGGCCUUAUCUCUUCCUGUGCGGGGAGGUGGAUCCAAAGGCCCAAUUUUUGAAGAUGGUCCCAAUUUUGACAUGGCAUUCAGUCUAUUCCAUGGCCGUAAUGGAGUUGUACCGCUUUCUGGGAGGUCACAUUUGCAAACUGAGAAUUUAGAGAUUGAUCCGUCUCCACCAAAGUUUAAUCCUUUAGCUGCAAAGGCUGCCACCAUCAGUCUUUCUGGAUUUGGAGCCGGAUGGCCAUUUAGCUUUGAUGCAUUCUCUCAGAAGUGGAAAAAUCAGAAGAAAAAGUCUGAAUCAUCAAAGGGAAAUGGAAAACACGAGGCAUUGAGUAAUGAGUGGCUGCAGUCAGGAAAUUGUCCUAUAGCCAAGUCGUAUAGGGCUGUAAGUGGUGUUGUACCAUUGGUAGCAAAGGUCUUUAAACCCCCUCCUGGUGUGAAAUUUGAGUGCCCACCAGCCAUCGUUGCGGCUCGAGCAGCUCUUGCUCGUACUGCCUUGGCAAAGAACCUUCGGCCUCAACCAUUGCCCACGAAAAUGCUCGCGAUUGGACUCCUGGGUAUGGCAGCAAAUGUCCCCUUGGGUAUAUGGAGAGAACACACCAAGAAGUUUUCACCCGCUUGGUUUGCAGCUGUUCAUGCAGCAGUUCCCUUCUUAGGAAUGUUGAGGAAAUGUGUCCUGAUGCCUAAGACAGCUAUGGCAUUUACUAUAGGAGCCUCAAUACUGGGUCAGGUUAUUGGGUCUAGGGCUGAGCGGUACCGUUUGAAGGCAAAAGCUGCAAAAGAAUCUGCCGUAACUGAAGUUCCUAUUGGUGGACCGAAAAUGACGCCGGUGAUCACAGUCAACAGUAGCGGGCACUGCGGUGAUAUGGUGAAGUGGGACCCUCUAUCUAUUCAUGCCAGUGAGCCUUCGCCGUCAGCUGGUGUUUGCGCCUUCUAAGAUUAGUCUCUGGUAAAUCCGGAAAUUGUAUCCCUAUCUGUGUUCUUGAGACAGUGCCGUAUAUGUGCCUUAACUUGUAUCAUUAUUCUUACUUGCCUGUACGAUCUCCUGGCAAAGACUCUUAAUGGCGCUAAUGUACGUCACUUUUUUCUUUUAUGUGUGAAACAAUUGAGUUUGAUUGUCUGGAUGAAGUUGAGUACUUGAAAAUAAAAUGGAUUCGUGCUUCCUCUUCUAUAUUA